GACUUUGUUUCUGGGUAAAGAAUGCAGACUAUAAAGUGUGUAGUUGUUGGAGAUGGCGCUGUGGGAAAAACUUGUCUUCUCAUCAGCUAUACCACCAAUGCCUUCCCAGAAGAGUACAUCCCUACUGUGUUUGACAACUACAGUGCCCAAAUGACUGUUGAUGGCCGGAUUGUCAGCCUGAAUCUCUGGGACACUGCAGGCCAGGAGGAAUAUGACCGCCUGCGCACGCUCUCCUACCCUCAAACCAAUGUAUUUGUCAUCUGUUUCUCCAUUGGCAGCCCCUCUUCCUACGCAAACGUGAGGCACAAAUGGCAUCCUGAAGUUUCUCACCACUGUCCAAACGUUCCCAUUCUUUUAGUGGGCACGAAGAGAGACUUGAGAAAUGACCUGGAAACAGUUAAAAAGUUGAAAGAGCAAAGCUUGGCUCCCACCACCCCGCAGCAGGGGACUUCGCUGGCUAAACAAAUCGGAGCAGUCAAAUAUUUGGAGUGCUCAGCGUUGAAUCAGGAGGGUGUUCGGGAGGUGUUUGCUGAAGCUGUGCGUGCAGUUCUGUAUCCUGUGACAAAGAAGAACACAAGGAAAUGUCUCUUAUUAUAGUUACCUCGGGUGAUGGGUGUUCGACGUGGAAUAUUGACUAGAAUCUUGGAGGGCUUUUUAAUGAGUUAAAUUGAAGAUUUGCAUCUUGCACUAACAGCUCUAAGCAGAAAUGGUUUAUGCCACAAAUAAUCUCGCAGUCUUAUUGCUUCAGGGAAACUGAAACAGAACAGGGUUGUGGGUUAUUUUUUUUUUUCCCAACUAGAGGUCAAAUACCCACUUUAUUUCUAAAUUUCCAAUCUCCAGCUUCUCCAGGGAUCACUCAGCUUCUAUCCUUAUUUAAUGGAGGAAAAUAAAAGAAGGGACUUCUUUGAAGCCAGACUUCUUUACUAGGUAGCCAUCAGUUACUAGCUUUGCUGAAAAGCACAAACCCUGAUAACUUUGCUUUAAGCGUAGCUGCUGCUUUUUCCAUCCCUUAUUUACUGAUUUACUGAAUUUGUUUUACAUACAGAAGUCUGGCUGUCCAGUUGUUUUAAUUUGUCAAUUUGAAGCUUGAAAACAAUGUGUUUACAUGCAAAAAUGCCUGAAAUA